AUUUAUUAAUUUAUUAAUGUCGGUGGAGUUGAUGAUGAAUAACAGCGCGCGCCGCCGGCGAGAGAUGUGCCGGAGAUUAUCACUCCAAAGGCUGUUAAGGAGACACGUGUCAGUUUUUUAGAUAUGUUCGUUGACCAUGCUUUUCAGUUCGUUGACCAGCCUUAUCUCCCUUCUCAGAAAAACUUCGCCCCAGUUGAUGAGAUCGGAGAAGCAGUGGGAGUUAGCACAAUUGAAGGCUGCAUUCCUGAUGAAUUUCCACAGGGUGUCUUCGUUAGAAAUGGGGCAAACCCGAUUCACGGAGCGCUAAAAUCGGCAAUAUCGAAAUUUGGAAAAUCGAGCCACGUGUGGGUAGAAGGAGAAGGAAUGCUCCAUGCUGGCUACUUGAACAAAAAUAAAUAUGUCGUAUAAAAUCGAUAAACAAAGGGACAAACCUGCAUUUAUCCCGGCCGCUGUGGAAGGGACCUCCGAUCCGGUGGUGUUUUAUCGGGUUUCAUUUUCAACAUGGUAUGUUUUAAGAAAUGCUGCGCUUGCAUGGAUCUUAUAUGUACGAGCAGCGCGCUAGGAAGUCGUGAGGUUAUUAUUAUAUUAUAUGCAUUUUUCUUGAUUUAGUACGUAUUCACUCAUCUUAAAU